AGAGGAACAUUUGUUUGGAUUUUAGUCAUCUGUUGCAGAACAGAAGGACUCGGUUGACUCGGUUGACUCGGUUUGGCAGGUGUGUGGGAAGUUGUGGGACGCACAGGAGCAAACAGCUCCUAGAGUAUCUGCCCCGUUGGUGAAUGUCGCCGUCGCCGGCGCUGAAGCCUCCCCUUCCUGCCGCCGGUAUGGGGACACCGCCAAACGCCGCCGCACGCGGGGGCGCCAAGCUUCGCGCGAGGUCGUCGUCAGCCGGCCGCGGUCCGGACAAAGGUCUACGAGCCCGCUACUGGGCUUACCUGUUCGAGAACCUGCAGCGAGCCGUGGACGAGAUCUACCACACCUGCGAGACCGACGAGAGCACCUUGGAGUGCAAGGAAGCCAUUCUUAUUCUGGAGAACUACCGGAAGGAGUUCACAGCGCUGAUCAACUGGAUCCAGCUGAGCAAACAGCUCGAAAGCACUCCCCCUCCAAACAGGCCGACCUGCCUAACGUGGGAAGUGCGCAAGCCGUCCUUGGGUAAACCCGUUCCGCGGAACUUCAUGGCUCCAAGGCCCGGACUUGCGCAGCGACCUUCGCGGCUCACGGUCGGAACGCAGUGUGGUCCGGAGUCCAUUCCAGCAGCUGCCGCUCCAUGCACGGUCUCUGGGGCCGGCUCGGUGCAGAGCUUAGAGCACCAGGAUGCUUCUGGAGCAGACUGUGUUCUCAAGGUGGUGCCAGAGACCGGCAAGUCGAUAAGCUCUUCGGAUUCAGGUACUUCGGCUAACGACAGCCAUGCUGACAAUGUGGUCAAUAAAUCAUUCCCCGAGUCGAGUGUAGCGUCAACAUCGGCCCAAGAUUCCGUGGUGACAGUGGAAGAUGUUGCAAGAGCACCCGCAACAACCCCAGAGGAGCCAAAGCGUUUGGAAGAGGCCAAGCCUUCUGAAGAAGCCAAGCCUUCUGAAGAGGCCAGGGCUUUAGUAAAAGCAGAUAGCUCGGAGCAGGAGAAUAGUAUUUUAGAUAUAGCAAGUAGUUCAGAAGAAGUGAAGAUAACUGGAAACAUUGAGAGUGCCAAUGAUGCUGAUGUUCCUGCGGAACCUGAAUGCCUAAGAAACCCUGAAACAGAAGCACCCAAGCCCAUAGAAGUGUCUAGCUCUCCAAAACCAGCCAUGUUGCCUGAAACAUUGGAGAUUCCAGAAGUGUCCAACCAGGCCUCUAAUAUACCUAAGACUUCAGAGGUAGCCAAAGAUCAAGAUUUAUCGAAGUCAUCAGAGGCCUCCGAGACUUCCGAUAGGUCUAAACCUACGGCGUCGGCUAAGACCCCUGCAGUCUCCAAGACUACGGACACGUCCAAGCCACCAGAAGUCUCCAAGACCUUGGAACGGUCCAAGACACCGGAGCCAUCCAAAGCAUCGGAGGCCCCUAAGCCUCAAAAGACAGGUCAGGCAGCAGCCAUUCUGUCUCAGGCUUGUCCAUCAGCCAAGUCAACAUCUGCAAGAGUGCCAAGACCAGGACCCCGUCCCAGUGUGACUGAUGCCAAAUCCAGGAUCACUCCAGAACCCAAGCCAGCCUCUUACAGUUCUUCGCUGAAGACCGGGUCGCCGUCCCAGCGGUUUCAUGCUCCUUCACGGCCUUCAGUACCUCCUUCCUCUAGGCCCGGAGCUGUCAACCCAGCAAGAACAGCUCCACCAGCAAGGGGGGCAGCUUCGAGCACCGUCGUGACCACAGCGACCGUUCGCAAGGCAACCACCGUCGUCAGUCCACCCAAGCCAAUUUCCAACGUUGCCAAACCGUUAGGCGAAGUUCGGAAGAGCGAAUCGACGCUGUCUCUGAGCAGUACCUCGAGCGGUCACAGUUGGGCGGACAUGGUGAAGGGUCCGAAUGCUUGUGGCGAGGCAACGUUGCUGACAAAGAGCGUUUCGUUGGACCCCAUGGCCGUCGAUCUCGAUGACUCCGAGGGAUGGGAAACCGUCUGCCGCAACAAGACGAGGUCGCGCAACUCGCCGCCCAAAAAGUUUGCACCCCGCCAUCCGAACGCGCCGAACUCACACCACUCGUCGGAGCCACCCCGCGGAGGAGUCGCGCGGUCACCUUCCGCUCCCGCGAUCGCCGUCGCUCCCGCCUCUUCCGUUCGCCCGAAAACUCGACGGUCGUCGGCGCCGCUGUCCUCCGGCCCGCCCGUCGUCGCCAAGAACCCUCGGCCCAGAAACGUUGCAGCGAGAGACCACGUCGGGCCGCGUAGCGCCACGUCCAUGCCGUCGCUCGCCCUCCGGCGCGAGCCCAAAAAGAAUGGCUUCGCAGCUCCGCCCACUCCGACGCUGGGUUCCAAGUCAAAGAGUUUCGUGGGUUCAGACGAGAGAGAGAGGUCGCGAAGGAGAGGGGAGCAAGGGAGGAGAGACCGUCCCCAGUCGCAGAGGGCAAGCCGCGAGAGCCUGCGCUCCUUGAAGGCUGCCGAGGAGGAAGAGGCGGAGGCGAUUGACAGGAUGGUGCUGUCUAGGAUUGCCUCGCCCCUGGAGGAUGCUAGGACGGAUCCGCAAGAGGCCGUUGCCAACAGUGUUGUCUCGCCUUUUGAAGAUGACGGUGUGGACGUUGAUGAUUCGGAAGCUUUUGAAGCGGAGGAACUGGUGUACGAGAUGGGACUGAGCUGGGGAGAGCAGAUGGACUGCCUGGAAGACCUGGAGCUGAGGACUCCUGGAAGGGCCCUCCAAAUGCACGAGAAGCUCUCCUCUGCCUCACGCAAGAGGCCGCUCUCGGAGACUCUUCAACGUCAUCAGGAGAAACAGGCCAAGGCACAGGAGCAGCGAGAACGCAUCAGAGAGGAAAAGGCACAGCGGUGCCGUGAUCUUUCCAAGAAGGUGGAGGAGAAGAAAGCCCAGCAGGAGGAACUUCAGCUUCAGCGCCGUCAGAUUUUAGAGAAGCGUCUGCAGCGAGCCGCUGAGAAGCGAGAGAUGCAGCUGAAGAACAAGGUGAAGAGAGCUCACGACGAGGAAGAAAAGGUGAACGAGAUCGCCUUCAUCAAUACUCUGGAGGCGCAAAACAAGCGCAUCGAUCUGAUGUCCAAGGAGAAAGACCACGAAGCACGCCUGCAGGACAUACAGGGAGAGAGACAGCGGAAGCUCGAAGAGAAGGCCGCCAAGGAAGCAGCUGCUGAGGAGCGUCGUAAGGUGUUGGAGGCGGAGCGGCAGGCCAAGCUGCUGGAGAUCAAGGAGAAGCGGAAGCUGAAGGACGAGAAGGUGCAGCAGCAGCAGCAGGAGAAGGAGAAGCUGCGUCAGAGCCUGCUCAAGCAGAAGGAGAGGGAACGUGAGCAACGCCUGACGGCAUUGAAUGCAGCACAGCUGGCGACAACUGAAGAACUACAGAAGAAAAUUCAACUCAAGCAAGAAGAGAGUGCACGGAGGCAUGAGGAGAACAUGGAGCAGAUUCGGCUCAAGGCGUUCGAGCUGAGUGUUCGCAAGUGUUCAUCCAAUGACGACGCCGCCCCGCGCCACGUGCCGUACGAGACGAAGAAAAUCUGCUCCCUCUGCAACGUCCUGAUUGGUUCGGAGGUCUACCUGCUGAGUCAUUUGCGAGGGAAGAAGCACCAGGAGGCAAUCCGUGAGAAUUACGAUGGUGAAGCCCCGUCUGUGGAGGAACUGGAAUCGUACAACCUGAAACACAUUGUGGAUGCGUCGGCAGAUCAGCUGGAUCCGAGCAUAGCGAUGGACCGGGAGCGACAGAAGGCCCACCGCAAGCGCUGCAAGAAGCUCAGACACAAGAUGAGCGCAAGGGGCCGACUCUACGAGAAAGCGUUUGCAGAGAGGCCCAAGACCGUGGAAUCGAAGAACAAGAUGAGGCUGGCCAAGGCACUGAAGGAGAUAGGACGCUGCCUGGGCGGCCAGGGGCAGGGCCCCUGGGACGGCGCUCUGGUGUCCGGUCUGGACAGGGCGCUAGGGGAGCUGGAGCGCGCCCUGGUGGUCGGCAGCGCCGCCGACGCUGACGCUUUGUGCCACCUGGGCGGAUUCUCGUCCCUGAUGGAACUGCUGGGUUGCGUCCUCAAGGCCACCGCGGAACUGCCCACCGUGGUGCCCUCUAGAUGCCUUGUUCGUGCAUGCGUGGUGCUGAGGAUAGCCUGCGAGAAGAGUGAUGCUAACUGCAGCUACCUUGUGCUCAGCAAUAGGGUGGGAGUACUCCUCGACAUCCUCACUCAUCGUCUCAACCUCUCGGUACCCGACGAGUGGGGCUCGAGCCCGGGCAGCGGACGUGCGGUGCCAUCUCUGGAGCCCGGCCAGGACCCCGUGGCCACUGCGCUUCUAAACCUGCUUCGUGCCACGCUCCGCGGGGUCACCAACGCAGACUCCGAGGUCCAGACGUCGGACGACAACCACCAGCGACUGCUGGACGUGAUAAGUUAUGCCGUGAGCAUGGGCACAGUGGACAAACUGGCCCAGUGUCUGGGGAAAGUCCGGGCGCCCCUGGACUCGGAAUCCCCACAACUCACAGAGUUCUUGGUGCAGGCCAUGGAGUUUGUCGCCUGCUUGGCACGCCUCGUAGCAGCCAGCCGACACCGCCGACAGAAGGAGGAGGACCCCACGCAACUGGCAGCCACCUUCGGGGUCACCCAGCUGGCGGGGUCGGUGUCCCUUUUGUACGGGACCCUGCUCCAGAUGGGGGCCCCCUCAGGGAGCAGGGCAGCGGGGCAAGAGCCCCCCGCGCUGCCGCCAGGGCGCCUGACCGUCACCGCCGCGGCCCUGGAUCUUCUCAACCAGAUGGGUCAACUCGAUCUGCCCAUGUUCCAGGCCGUCUUGGGUGCCGAGGGGAUGUCCCUGCAGCUCAGGCACAUUGCCAGCUACCUGCUGUGGUACUGUAGCCACUGGGAAGAGUGGCCCCUGCUGCACCAGGUGGUGCUGCUGGUGGGACACUUCGCCGUCCUCUCUCCGGACAACCAGGCUGUGAUCCAGUCGGGAGAGCAGCCCACACUGCUUCAGCUGCUGUGCACCCUGCCCUUCGAGUACUUCAGCGAUCCCCAGCUGACCCAAGUGCUCUUCCCCACUCUCGUGUCAUGCUGCUUCGGCAACGAGCACAACCGGGCCGUGCUCGAACAGGAGCUCAGUCCCGUGCUGCUCGCCAACUACGUGGAGGAAUGCCUUUUGGACUUGCACUGCGGCAAAAAGCGGGCUGACGCCGAUUCUUGCUGGAGCUUGGAACAGCGUUUUCCCAAGAGCAAGUGGACGGCGGCCAAGGCUUUCUUUUCGGAAACAAUCCAAGCGUGCUGAGCCGCGGCCACCUUCUCAUCCACCCUACACUUUUUCUUUCUUUUUCUUUUUUCUAGCUUACUUACACUCGUUCUCUCGAGGAGUGGCGAGAUCAUCCAACUCGAUCCAACGCUUCCUAGAAAAGAAGGCCUGAGUGGUCAAUAUGCUACGUCACCCAGCGGAGGCUGGCGCCAAUCACUGAUUGGGUGCGAGCGCUGCGUGAUCGUUCAGUUAAUGCUCGCGUCCAAUCAGCGCUCGUGUCUAACCUCUCCGUUGCGCUGGAAGACGUUUGGAGCCUCUCGGUUGCAUUUAAAUUUGCGCACAAUUGCAUUUACUCUGUUAUGUGGGGUGUCCCAACUUCCCCUGUAAAAUGAGCCGGAAAAAAAAAUAGACGCCUGCACGUAUUAAGGUCAAACUUUGAUUGAAUCUGCACUGAGCAGGUCAGUUUUACCUCGUGAAACUUUAAAACGCACUUAUCUUCCUGUAAAGAAAAAAUGAGCUCAGAAAUCUUGUUAGAGUCGAGGUUGUGCGCGUUCGCAGACGACGGAGUUGGCGACGCGAUUAACUUGUUGCGCCAUCUCCCGAUAGGCGCAGCAAAGAGACAACGAAAUGCGUCGUCUGCUCGUUGAUGCGCCUAUCGGGAGAUGGCGUCACAAGUAAAUUGAGUCGUUAACUCGGUCGUCUGUGAACGCCCCCAACCUUAACUUUGGAAUUUUUUUGUUGUUUAUUUACGGGAAUAGAAUCGGGCGCUUUGGAAAUUUCACGCGGUAAAAGCUGACCUGCUCGGUGCGCGUUCGGUGAAAGUUUGAACUUUCUAUGUGCAGGCGCCCGAAGGUCACCGGCCUCGUGACAAAACACCCCCGACGGUUCCGAGCCACUUUUCCGUUAACGGCCGCAAGAUGCACAGCUAGUGAUCUGUAGUUUCUGAUAGGAUGAGGUGUACAGGGAGGAGUUUUUGCUGUCCCGCCUCCAGUGCGAGUUUCCUACCUUCGAUGCCGCUUCGACGUCUCGUGAGCUUCGGUCGUGCGCGCGCUGCCGAAGCACGGCGGUAGUCGGCGAAAGCGUGCUGGAGGCCGACCGUCCGAAAGAGACGCUCUGCCGUUCUUAUCCUGUUAAGAACUAUAGUUGAGUUUUUUUGACACGGGUACAUUUGGUUUAUGCUACGUGCGUGUUCAUUUAUUUGUUUUUUUAUGUUUUUUUUUUUUUUUUUUUUCGUACUGGUGGCACGUAUAAUGACUAAGUUUCGCGCAAGAAAGAUCUGAUGUGGCAAUCUUGCUCUAGCUGCAUUUUGAAUUAGAUUGUCCGUAUCUGUUUAACUUGUACGUUGGCCCAACCGGUCCCACCAGCGCGACCAACAUCGAAUUGUCGUCAGAUGUAAAGCAUAAUCAGUUUUUUUUUUAACGAGCGGUGUUUGUGUUGUAUGGCUUUUUUGCUUUGCCACUGGAUUAUACAAACGGUGGGGUCCGUUACACAUUUGAGUCACCGAAGCUGCCGUCUUCGAGAGUCAAGCUUAACUACCGUAGUACUUGGCCAAGCACCUCGUCCAUUCCCUACUGGUGUGCGUUUUUUUUUUUCUU